GGUAUUAGGUCUUAUAGUAAACCUACAGAUGAUCAAUGGUUAAACUCUGUCGCAUCACUUAUACCAUUUGCAACAAUCGAAGAAGAUCUAGAAGAAUAUUAUAAUUACCUUGGAGAAUCUUAUAUUAUAUACAAAUCAGAAGAAGAUAAUUUGAAUACUGAAAUAACAGCAACCUCUAAUAAUAGUAUUAUUAAUGAUGUUUCACAACAUAAAUUACUCAAAACUCGCAAAACUAUAAAACAGUCACAAUCAAGAUCAACCAAAGCAAAGAUUUCAAGUUCUAAAUACCAGCAAUCUAAUUUGCAACAAAAUCAAUUUUAUAAUACUCGGGAAAAUCGAUUAUACAACACCCAAGAAAAUCGAUCAUAUAACACUCAAGAAGAUCAUAUAUAUAAUAGUGUGGAAAAACCUAUACCAAAAAU